ACAGUCGUCAGCACGAAUGACAGCAACGAGAUGUCCUACUUCAGAAACAGCCAAUGGAUUAAAACAUAUGCCAUAUCAAUGGGAGCUGGUUCGAAAGUCUAUAAUUCAUUCAUGAAUAUCGAAAGUCCUUCAACCUGGAAUGUGGACAAAUGCAUUGGUACCUUUUGUCCCAACUUCUGCCGACGUCCCAUUCUUGAUUUCUGGAACUAUCUUCCCAUUGAUGAGGUUAAACUGGUGAUUUAUGAAAAACAAACAGCUGUGGUGACUAUGAUAUUUGAUGGACGAAAUACAACACUUAAAACCUGGUUCUCUCAAAGAAACUUGAAAAGUUCGCCAUGGGUCGAUCUAGCUUCAGCCACAAGCCUUCUUUUCUCAGUGGAGGGAGUUUUCGGAAUACGUAGCUUCUAUAUAGGUAAAUUUAAGACAUGUUCAAAAAUUGGCGGCUGGUUGAUUGUCGAUGAGAUUCCACCUUUCUGUUCGUUUCGUUACAAAGGUCAUUCUCCUUCAAUCCGUUAUUCUAAUACAAAUUUGGAAUUCGUAUGGAAGAACGGUUAUCCAUUAGCAGAUUCCAUGGCCAUAUUCAUCCGCUUGAGGCAGCAGAACUAACCUAGCACAUAAUAUCCAUUGAUUCUAUUGGUUUCGUUAACCUCCAUCCAAUCCAGCUGACCACCACUAGUGAUCCACAUAAGUCACGUCUUGCCUGUUAAUAAAGAAUCCAUAUAAAUAUUGU